UCGACGUGACUUGAGAGCGUGCUCCUGAAACGAGAACGAAAACUGAAGGCCAAAACACGCAUGCAUAAACACACAAAAACCAGACAAAGCAGAGGCAGAGCCACCGGUCUGUGCUUUCUCUUCCUGAUGCAGUAACGCAGCCUGGAGCCUGUGUGGACUUUUCCUCCACUUUUUUUCUUUUUUAAUUAACAGGAUACCGUGCUGAGUCGAUCAAGAGUGGGUAGGUCAGGUAGAAAGGCUGGUUGGACUCUGCUGCCAGCAUGCUCCGGCAGUCUCUGAGCAUCCUGAAGCAGUUGGGCACUGCGACAAGGUCACAAGAUGCUACCGACCUUCUACAUGAAGACCUGGUUAUGGUGGAGCAGAGGAUUGAACCAGCCAGGAAGGCAGCUCAGGUCCUCCAUAAAAAGCUGCAGAGCUGCAUGCAGAGUCAACCGGGGCUGGAGGCCGAAAAACGAAUGAAAAAACUUCCUCUGAUGCUUCUGUCUGUCAGCAUGGCAGAGAGUCUGAAAGACUUCGAUGCAGAGUCCUCAAUCAGGAGGGUGCUGGAAAUGUGCUGUUUCAUGGAGAAGAUGCUGGCCAACAUGCUGGCAGACUUUGAGGUGAAAGUGGAGAAGGAGGUCCUGGAGCCACUAAACAAGCUUAGCGAGGAUGAUUUACCUGAAAUUCUAAGGAACAAAAAGCAGUUUGCAAAGCUCACAACAGAUUGGAACAAUGCAAGAAUGAGGAGUCAGGCUAGCACUGGACCUCAGGCAAAGCAGGAUGGGCUUAGGGAAGAAAUGGAAGAAGCUUGGAGGAAGCUGGAGAGCAUCAAGGACCAGUACUCUGCAGACCUGUAUCACUUUGCAACUAAGGAGGAUGACUACGCAAAUUACUUUAUUCGUCUUCUCGAGCUGCAGGCAGAAUACCACAAGAAUUCUCACAUGUUCCUGGAUAAAAACAUCAGCGAACUCAAAGAGGAUCACAGUCAAAAAGAGUCGUCACAAAGCCUCUCCAACCAGAAGGUCUACGGGGAGCCUCUGCUCUCACAUUUGUCUCAAAGCAACAGAGAAAUCGCGGCGCCCAUCCAGGAGUGUAUUCACAUGUUGCUGAGAACAGGCAUGAGAGAGGAGGGUCUGUUUCGCUUGGCCGCCGCAGCCUCGGUGAUGAAGAGGCUGAAGACGUGUCUGAAUCAAGGGACGGUGGACCACAGCGAGUUCAGCAUGGACCCUCACGCCGUGGCAGGAGCUUUGAAGUGUUACCUCCGAGAACUUCCCGAACCUCUAAUGACGUUUGACCUCUACAACGACUGGUUUAAAGCAGCAGGGGAGAAAGAGCUGUCAGAGAAGCUGGAACAAUUCAAGAUACUUCUAAAGAAACUGCCACCUGAAAACUACAACAACCUCAGGUACCUGGUCCAGUUCCUGUCUCUGUUAUCUGAGCAGCAGGCUAUAAACAAAAUGACACCAAGUAACAUCGCCAUCGUCCUGGGACCAAACCUGCUCUGGCCGCGAGCUGAGGGGGAAGCUGCUCUCUUUGACAUGGCUUCAGCUUCUUCAGUCCAGGUGGUGACAGUCAUUGAGCCUCUUAUUCAGUACAGCUCUGAUCUCUUCCCCGAAGCUCUCUCGUUCGAGAUCCCAGAACUUCCCGAGGUCCUGGAUGCGUCUCUGCCCUCUCCCGUUGUCCCAGAAAAGGGGAAACUGAGCAGAACUGUUUCCUCCUCUUCCUCCACAGCCUCCUCGUCUGCAUAUCACUUCCCUCUUUCCAAGACAAACAGCACAGCCUCUCAGGACAGCGGCGUCUCCUUCCUGGUGAAAUCUGGCUCUGUGAGCGGCCGCAGUGGCACCUCCACGUGGGGCAGCCCUGAAGCGGAGACGGCAGCACCUGCUCAACCAAACAGGACGCCCAGCAGCUCAUCCUUGACCGAUCCCGGCCCGUCUCCGGCCUCUGACUCUACAGCUGCAUCCAGCUCAACAGCAAACCAGAACCCGACUCCGCUUCCCAGAGCAGCGGGAUCUGCGACAAACUCAGGCCAGGCCCGGAGUCCCACCCAGAGGCAGAUCUCAGAACAGAACCCGCUCGAGCCAAUUUUGGAAGCACCGCCAGAUUCUCCCAGGGCAUUAGUGAAGAUCGCGUCACCGUUUAAACCAAGGAGAACUUUCCCCCCGAGCAAGUCUAACCAGCCAAACGAGCAGGUCACGGUUCAGUUCUCCAAACCAAAACCGCCGCCACCUCUCAAGUCACAUGCCCCUCCACCCCCGAUCGCACCUGCGACGGUUCCAGACACUAGGCCCCAUCCGAUGCCUGCACCCCGAGGACAGCAGGCCAGCAUGAAAAAGCCUCCUCCGAAAAAGCCUGGACUCAAAGCUCCAAACUGCCCUCCACCUCUUCCCCCACCAUCACAGGCAAAAGAGGUUCCUUCUAUGGCACAGUGAGAAACAAACGUCCCUCAAAGUUCUGUUAUUGAGUCGAGCAGAACAGCCGCUGAAACACUUUUAUAUUUUGUCAUUAAAAAAAAAGACAAAGAGUGCUGGGUACGCUUAGAUUGUCCAGUAAGUUGAUUAUAAGUGUUGCAGAUUUUUUUUCCCCAUAACCAGCCUAGUAAUUUUAUU